GCAGCGGCCCGCGCCGCAGCCAGGAGCCAUGGGCAACAUCUCCUCCAACAUCUCGGCCUUCCAGUCCCUGCACAUCGUCAUGCUGGGCCUGGACUCGGCCGGCAAGACCACCGUGCUCUACCGGCUCAAGUUCAACGAGUUCGUGAACACCGUGCCCACCAUCGGCUUCAACACGGAGAAGAUCAAGCUGAGCAACGGCACGGCCAAGGGCAUCAGCUGCCACUUCUGGGACGUGGGCGGCCAGGAGAAGCUGCGGCCCCUGUGGAAGUCCUACAGCCGCUGCACGGACGGCAUCAUCUACGUGGUGGACUCGGUGGACGUGGACCGGCUGGAGGAGGCCAAGACCGAGCUUCACAAGGUGACCAAGUUCGCCGAGAACCAGGGCACGCCGCUGCUGGUCAUCGCCAACAAGCAGGACCUGCCCAAGUCGCUGCCGGUGGCCGAGAUCGAGAAGCAGCUGGCGCUGCACGAGCUCAUCCCGGCCACCACCUACCACGUCCAGCCGGCCUGCGCCAUCAUCGGCGAGGGCCUCACCGAGGGCAUGGACAAGCUGUACGAGAUGAUCCUCAAACGCAGGAAGUCGCUCAAGCAGAAGAAGAAGCGGUAACCCGCCGGCGGCGGGGGAGCCGGCCGGAGGUGGACAGACGGAUGCGCGGAUGUGGGGCGAGAACCGCGCCCGAACAAAGGCAGCGAACCAAAGCGACGCUUCGAAUUUUUCAAACGCAGCCUCUGCACCCAGAGGCGGAACUGGUGUCCCCGCCCGGGUGCUGAGUCUCGUCUGCCAG